AUGGUUCUCCCCGAGCCUCUAGGCCCGUUCCACGUGUCGUACGGGGACUUCGAGUUGCGCCGGAGCAAAGCGCCUGCCGAGCCGAGCGCAGGGAAUGGCGGUCACGGGCAUCACGUGCACCCGCCGCUGUUCCGCGUGUACUACCCUACUGAUGGCAACGCUGAAGAGAGGCGAGAGGUGGAGCGCAGUGCAUGGCUGCCGCACGUGGCGUACCUGUACGGCUACAUCUGCGCCAUGAUCCCGCCCUUCUCCUUCUUCGCCUCCAUCCUCACCUGGCUGCUCUCCCGCAUCACGUACCUACUAAUCAAGCCAUACGCCGCCAUUCGCUGUCUCCCCGCGCGCCCUUUCAUCUCCCGCGCCUCCCUGCUGCGCCACCUCACUCACCCCCACGCCGACCCCACCAGCAGUGGGGGGGAGAACCCCGAGGGUCGGCUGCCGGUGGUGCUGUUCAGCCACGGGCUGUGGUCCAUGCGCUCCACGUACACUCAGUUCUGCUUCGACCUCGCCUCACAUGGCUAUGGUGACCCAACCCCUCUUCAUCAUCCCACUCCCUCUCCCGCUCCCCCUUCCAGUGGUGGUGGCGUCAGAGUGCACGGACGGCACAGCAUGAAUGGCGGCACAAUUCUCCUCGCCUCACCUUUUCUUGUCUCCCUCUGUACAACCUCUCCCUCCCCUUCACCCCAACGCACAGUGGUGGUGGCGCCAGAAUACACGGACGGCACAGCAUGCAUGGCGGCAGAGACAGACGGGGAAGAGGAGGAGGAGGAGGGGCGGGGAGGAGGAAAGGGAGGUAGGGUGAAGUGGAUCCCUUAUGAGCGCAUGGACGUGGACUUCUUUGAAGUGCCCAUGGAAGUGCGCCACCGGCAGCUGCAGCAGCGCAUGGCAGCCCUGCGCUCCAUCCUAGCGCUCCUCCACCAGUUCAACAACGGGCACGUAUCAGACUCCCGCAACGCCAUCACAAGCGCUGCUUGCCUGCUCCCCUCGUCGCUCGCGGGUCGUCUCGACCUCUCCCACAUUGCCCUCGCAGGCCACUCCUUUGGGGGCGCCACCGCGGCGUUUCUUGCUGGGGUGGCUGAGCAGCCAAUCAACGGCUUCCACCUGUCGCUGUCGCCAGCUGUGCAUGGUGGAAGAAGCGAUGGGGACGGGGACAGGGACGGGGAUGGGAGCGAGGGCUCCCUGGUGUCACGGGUGUCGUCUGUGGUGGUGCUUGACACGUGGUGGCGCCCGUUGCCUGAUCCUCCCACCUUCCUUGACCACCUGCCCGCCCCAACCUUCUGCCUUUUACAAACUCUACCUCCAGCUGCUUCAUCUGCCUUGCUUCUCAGCAUCCAUUCGCAUCUCAUGACCCUUCCUAGUGCUGCUGUGCAUAGACACAGAGGGGCUGAACGCAAUCAUGGCGCCGCUUCUCGUCCUCCACCCUCACCCAUCCUUCCACUGUUCUCACCUCCUUGCACCGCACUGCACCGCUCUCCACACUCGGUUUUGCAGGAGGCCAUUGCGCUGGCAGGGGGAAAGGCAGCACUGCUGUGCAUCGACACAGAGGGGCUGAACGCGGCUCGCAACGUGGUGGCGCGGAAGCGGUUCCUCCAAGGGCGCCUGCUGUCCUGGCGCGACCGGUGGCUGCAGAUCAUUAAAGAGCAGGCACAGCAGGAGAAGGGAGAAGCAGAGGAAAGAGGGGCGGAGGGGAAGGGAGUGGGGACGGAGGGAGAGGAGGAGAGGAACGGGAGUGGAAGGAGGGAUGGGGAGACGGAGAGUGUGACUGAAUUGAUUGUGCUUGUGGUGAGUGGGUGGGGACUCGUGUUUGUGUGUGUGAAGGGGGAAGAUGGUGUGAAAUGGGCUGCGUUUUAUGGGUCAGCCCACCAGGACCCCUCCGACCUUGCUCUGGUGGCACCUGCCAUCAUGAAGAGCGCCAAGAUGGCGGGGGCCAUCCCACCGCCCAUCUUCCACCGCAUCAACAGCGGCGCCGCUCUGCGCUUUCUGCACCAAAACUUCCCUCUUGCAAGGAAAUUACUGCAUGUGGGUGGACUGGACUGGAUGGAUGUGCCUGAGUAUGCCAAGGACCUGGAGGCUGGACCUGAUUGCGGUUA